UUGUGGCUCUGUGUCUACGCUGGGCAGGUUCAGAGGGUCCGAGGGUCCGGACAGUAGCGACCAGAACUGCACAGCAUCUGCGCUUUAUUUAUUGACACUAUAAUAAAAAAAAAAAAAAAAAAAAAAAAAAAAAACCGAGCAAGAUUUUCCUUCUGCAGAAGAAGAGGAGGAGGAGGAGGAGGAAAGUGCCUACCUGUCACUGAAGAUGAGGAAAACCUGGGAAGUGGAAGUACCCGGUUUUUUUGAUGGGGAGCAGGACGUGACUGGGAUGUAAACACGGAGUAUUGAUCUGUGAUUAGGAGUGUUUUCCGUCUCCAUGAUGACUCCACAUGAGAGCUCCCUACUGACUCUCCUGCUCCUCCACCUGCAGCUCUUCCGGUCCGUCUCCUUGUCCGUCCUGCAUCCUCCUCCACACCCCUCAUCAGUCCACCACGUCCCUGCGCUGGUGCCUCAUGCUCCCAUGCCUCUCAGCCGCUCCAGGUUCAGCGCUCACACUCAGCUGGACUUCACCACUCACUGCAACUCCAGCUGCUUUCACCGGGGAGAGCUGAACACCCAGAAGGAGCAGCUCAGCGACAAACUGGCCUUUGAGACGCUGUACGCCGACGGCUCACGCACACUGACCACUGUGGAAGUGGAGGGUGACUCGGGGGAAGAUGCUGCCCUUUUUGCUCAACCUCCCAGGAGACGACUGAGGCCCAGACACAAGCGUGUGAGGAGACAGAUCUAUGGAGCAGAUGGUCGUUUUAACAUCCAAGGUGACAACUUCCUAUUGGAUUAUCCUUUCUCCACAGCCGUGCGGAUCUCCACUGGCUGCACUGGGGUUCUGGUGUCGCAGCAGCACAUCCUCACAGCAGCCCACUGUGUGCAUGAUGGGAAGGAUUAUGUCAAGGGUGCGAGGAAGCUCAAGGUUGGAUUCCUGAUUACUCCAUCUUCAAAUGACACUAAUGCCAGCCUCACUUCAGCCCACAAGCCUUUAGUCCGGUGGGUGAGGGUGAAACGCACCCGUGUUCCAAAAGGCUGGAUCCAGGGCCCUCAGGAGGUCAGUAUGGACUUUGACUAUGCCCUGCUGGAGCUACGAUGGCCUCACCGUCGACCCUUCAUGCGUCUGUCUGUGGCUCCAUCCUCUGAUGACUUGGCAGGGAAGCGGAUCCACUUCUCUGGUUUUGACAGCGACAGACCUGGUGAGCUGGUGUACAGGUUUUGUCCCGUGGAAGAAGAGUCCAAAGACCUGAUUUACCAGCACUGUGACGCCCGACCAGGAGCCAGCGGUUCUGGAGUAUACGGCAGAGUGUGGGACGAUGCUUUAGAGCGCUGGGAAAGGAAGGUUAUUGGCAUUUUCUCUGGACACCAGUGGCUGGAAAUAGACGGCGAGAACCGGGAUUACAACGUGGCUGUGCGGAUCACGCCUCUGAAGUUUGCUCAGAUCUGUUACUGGGUGCACGGGAAUCGACAAGACUGUGUCCAGGGCUGAGAGGGUCAUAAGUAGAUGAGACCAGGCUUUAACCAUGGGGGCAUGUUUUUAUUUCUCCAAAAUCUAGAAGUGCAACAGGAUUAAUACCAUUCACCAGUGAAGCCAGUCUUCUCCCUCUGGAUCAGUUUUCACUUGGGUUUAAUCUGCUCUCAGUAACCUCUGGGUCUAUUAAACCAAUCUGCCUGUGAAGUCAUCACCAUGGCAUCUUUUAAUAAGUUUUCACCCACAGUCAGAUUAAUAACAGUCAGUAUUUCCACAGCAUUAACACAAACCACUUUUUACAAGAGGGAAACACUGUUCUUAAUGUGAGCAGUGGAUGUCAGUCACUUUAUGUCACUGUGGAUGAGGAGUUUUUCUGUUCCUCACUUUUCUAAUUCAGGUUAAAUUGGUGUUUUAAUGGUUUUUCAUAAAUCGUCUUAUUCCUCAGUAAUCUGCAAUUAGAUACACACUUUCAUAGUUAAAAUUAAUCACAGUAGGUGAUGAAGACUUCUGAUGCUUUUCCGCUGAAUAUUUCAACCAAGUAGACUGUCUCUCCUUUUCAGUAUCACCUAGAGAAAGAGUGUUAAUUUUAUUUUUUUGACAAAUGCUUGAUAUAUUUUAAUAA